CCUCCUCAGUUCUGGUGUCUUCAGGCCUUUGGCCAACCACCAGCAGGUGGGCAGAUGUCUCAGCGCGUUCCUACGGACGCUCAAGAAGGGUGAGUGCGCCGGAGUCAGCAGCCUAGGUCCUGUCUAGCUGCAGCCAGAGAGCAGAGUGAAAGGGAAGAAAGGACGCGCCCCAGAAAGAGAGACUCCCACGGGGGAAGGCUGACUGGGCUCGCCCUGGGACGGCGGAUCUGACAGCCCCUGCUACCUGAGCUUACCGUGCUGCCAGCCCCAGGUUGUUCCUACUUGUGCGAGAGUCAGGGGUGUUGGGCGAGCAACAACGAUUCCUGCAUCUCUCCUAUUCAGCGACAAGGGACACCGCGACUAAGCUUCAGGCACCCCGAGACGCCCCCUCCGUGUUCUAGAGAGCCCGCGCGGCGCGGUGAGGCGCCGCAGUGGCCCUGAAAGCCCCUGCAGGGUGCUCCCUCAACUCCCAUCCAGCAAGUCUGUGUGGGAGAAGCCUGGAAGGGCUGGAGUGAAGAGUCAGAGACCACGGAAAAGAGAGGAGCCGUCCUGGCCCAGGCCCUUCCCCACACGGGGUCCUCGGGAUCACCCGCCCUACGCCCUAUGGGCCAUGGCGGACAGUGGCGGCUCCAGCCCCUGGUGGAAAUCACUGACCAGGAAGAAAAGCAAGGAAGUCACGGUGGGGGUACAGCCUCAGGUUCAGCCAGAGACUGGCCAGGAUCCCUCACCACCUCACUCAGAUCGGAGGUCACCAGAAAAUCAGCACCCCAAUGUCCUUGGGGACCACGGAGAGCCCCUCAGGCCAGAUAAGUUGUGUGAGGAGAAAACAGGCAACAGUAGGCGCAAUUUGAAGAUCUCACGCUCUGGCAGAUUUAAGGAGAAGAGGAAAAUGCGUGCCACACUGCUCCCUGAAGGAGACAGGUCCCCUGAGGAGGCUGACUUUCCAGAUGACCCUCAGGAGGACAAGCAAUAGCCCGAACAAGCUUCUGGGAUUGUGCAGAGAGAGAAACACUAUUACCCCUAGACCUAGUACUUGAUGUUUCACCCAAGUUCAGAAUAUGCAGUUGACCAAGGCCUUCAAGAUUUAUUAUGUUCUAGAAAGUGAAGUGUCAGCUGAGGCCUCAAUAUUCCAUGACUCAGAGACUGAGUAAGUAUUUUUUUUUUUUUUUUGUGGGAAGGACAGAUGUCUACUGCUGAGGAAGUUGGCUUUUACAAAAGUCAUUCUGAUUCUGAGGUGCCACUAUUGUUUCUGUCACCUGUGGGAAUGACAAGGCUGGAUAGGUAUUUUAGAGGCAAGAAGUAGGUGACCCCUCUCCAGCUUCUCAAAUAAGGAAACCAUGUUCUUACUGAGGACUCUGGAGAGCAAACGAUGGCACUGCUUUUAAUGGUUGAGAAAUGCACUUUAGGAUACCACCCUAGGUUGAUUCCUAUGUGAAGGGGUGAGAGGAUCCUCCCAGGUAGAAGCAUUGAGGAGUUAUAUUGCCUUAUGUGAGGACUCCAAAGCUGUACGCCUGUUUAGUGUGCACUAUUAAAAUUGUAAGACUUAAGGUGACUUUGUAUACUUUUUUUUCUGUUCUAAGUUUUGAAACUCGUCAUAUUUAAAGGCAGGCAUGCAAGGUCUUCGAUGACAGGGUUAAUUAUUUACCGCACGGCUCCUGUUGGAGAGCUGCUGGGCAAAGAACUUUUCUAGGAACCAGCAACACCCAGCUGGAACCAGUUAGCCAGUUAUUCCAAUUUGCCAACCAAAUUCAAUAGAAGGGAGUGGUACCAAUUCAUGCUACCUUACAGUCUCCCAAUCCUUCGGGGCAUUUCCACAGAGUAACUCACAAAGCCAAUAAUGCGGCCUUUCUAGCAUCCAUUGUGAACCUCACAAGAAUUGUCCAGAAACAUUUUAAUGCACAGACUGAGCUCAUUGGGUUUGUGCAAAGCUGCUCUCCACACCUGUUGCUUCAAAGCCUGUGUCAUUUAGUCUGGUUCUACAUUUAUCUCAUUUCAAAGCCUUUGAUCUCUCAAGCUGAAGAUUCUUACCAACAACAGAAAAAAAAAAAAUCUACCCAUUUGCUUUUCUUAUGAGCUUCAGGAAAAAGAGUAAAUGAAUACCGCCUGCUUUCAGCAGAUUACAAGAGAGUAUUGUACCCUAGAGAGACGCUGAGACCUGGUCCCAGCACACCUGCUUCAUUUACAAACACAUGCAAAGCAAGGGAAUCACCCUCAGGGAGGGAGAAGUGAGUCUUUGUCCUCCAUGACCUGGUUGGAGAGGCUCUGAGCCUUCCUGUAGGAAGGCCGGGCUCCCUGUUGUCUUUAUUAUUGAAUUACGUCUUUAUGCUAUAGUCAAACAUGUCAGCUAUCU